AAAGAUGGCGGCGGUCGCGACGAGUCGUUGGCUGCGGUUCCGCUGCAAGCUUUGCCCGACCUUAAGGGGUCAGCGGGCAGGUCCGUGUGGACAGACUCCCAGUUGCAGAUUUUAUUCUGGAAGUGCAACCGUCCCAAAGGCUGAAGGAGCUAACGUAACAGGGAUUGAAGAAGUGGUCAUUCCAAAAAAGAAAACUUGGGAUAAAGUGGCUGUUCUUCAAGCACUUGCGUCCACAGUGAAUAGGGACAUCACAGCUGCCCCUUACGCAUUUCAGGAUGACCCUUACCUCAUACCAACAUCCUCUGUGGAAUCUCGUUCAUUUUUAUUGGCAAAGAAGUCUGGGGAGAAUGCAGCAAAGUUUAUUAUUAAUUCCCAUCCCAAGUACUUUCAGAAGGACAUAGCUGAACCUCAUAUACCGUGUUUAAUGCCUGAGUACUUUGAACCUCAGAUUGAAGAUAUAAGUGAAGCAGCCUUGAGGGAAAGAAUCAAACUCAAAAAAGUCAAAGCUUCUGUGGACAUGUUUGAUCAACUCUUGCAAGCAGGAACCACUAUAUCUUUGGAAACAAGUAAUAGUCUCUUGGAUUUGUUGUGUUACUAUGGUGACAAGGAGCCCCCAGCUGAUUAUCAUUUUCAGAAAAGUGAAAAAUCAGAAGAGUUGGAGGCCGCAGAGGAAAAUGAUGAGAAAUCUAAGAAGGCUGAUCAUCAGUUUGGAGUCACAUGGAGGGCAAAAAACAAUGCUGAGAGAAUCUUCGCUCUAAUGCCAGAGAAAAACUCACACUCCUACUGCACAAUGAUCCGGGGAAUGGUGAAGCACCGAGCUCCUGUGCAGGCAUUAAACUUGUACACUGAAUUAUUAAACAACAGACUCCAUGCUGAUGUGUACACCUUCAACGCAUUGAUUGAAGCAACAGCAUUGAGUGUGAAUAAGAAAUUGGAGGACAAAUGGAAUAAUAUACUGGAGCUGCUAAAACAAAUGGCUGCACAGAAGGUGAAACCAAAUCUACAGACAUUUAAUACCAUUCUGAAAUGCCUCCGGAGAUUUCAUGUAUUUGGAAGAUUGCCAGCCUUACAGACCUUUCGUGAAAUGAAAGCCAUCGGAAUAGAACCCUCGCUUGCAACAUACCACUAUAUCAUUCAGCUGUUUUAUCACCAUGAAAACCCUUCAAAAGGAUCAUCCCUCAUAAUCUAUGACAUUAUGAACGAAUUAACAGGACAGAAAUUUUCCCCAAAGGACCCAGAUGACGAUAUGUUUUUUCAGUCAGCCAUGAGAGCUUGCUCAUUUCUCAGAGAUCUAGAACUUGCUUAUCAAGUACAUGGCCUUUUAAAUACUGGAGACAACUGGAAAUUCAUUGGACCAGAUCAUCGGCGUAACUUCUAUUAUUCCAAGUUCUUCAGUUUGCUUUGUCUAAUGGAACAAAUUGAUGUCACGUUGCAGUGGUACAAGGACCUGAUACCCUCAGUAUUCUUUCCUCAUUCCCAAACUUUGAUAGACCUUCUCCAAGCAUUGGAUGUGGCCAACCGGCUAGAAAUGAUUCCUCAAAUUUGGAAAGAUAGUAAAGAAUAUGGUCACAUUUUCCGCAAUGACUUGAAAGAAGAGAUUCUGAUGCUCAUGGCAAGGGAUCAGCACCCACCAGAGCUUCAGGUGGCGUUUGCUGACUGUGCUGCAGAUAUCAAAUCCACUUACGAGAGCCAGGAUGCCAGACAGAUUGCUCCUGAGUGGCCAGCCAACUGCCUGAACUAUAUAGCUGUCCUCUUUUUAAGGGCUGGGAGAAUGCAGGAAGCCUGGAAAAUGUUGGGGCUUUUCAAGAAGCAUAAUAAGAUCCCUGGAAAUGAGUUGUUGAAUGAGUUUAUGGACAGUGCAAAAGCAUCCAACAGCCCUGCCCAGGCCAUUGAGAUAGUGAAGCUUGCAAGUGCCUUCAGCUUGCCUGUUUGCGAAGGCCUCACCCAGAGAGUGAUGGCUGACUUUGUAAUCAGCCAGGAACAGAAGGAAGCCCUGGGAAACCUAACCUCACUGACCAGUGAUAGCGACAGCAGCAGUGACAGUGACAGCGACAGCGAUGAAGGCAAAUAA